CUCCACUGAGGUCACGUGAGGUGUUUUGUUGACGGUUCUCGCUGCGUUUUGCACGAUGAAUUCACGGUUUUAUCAAGCAGCUGGUGCAAUGUCAUCGCCGCGCUAGAAGGCAGCAAGCUGGAGGGGAAAAACCUGGACCGUCUGACGUCCCUAACGUCACUAAAGCUAGUCGAGCCUCGAUAGUGUCGGUGAAGGAAGAAGCCCCGCAGUGAUGGUAUUGUUAUCCGUUUAAGACAAAAAAGGAGGAAUUGCUUUCACCUCCACCAGGAAGAGGGAUCACAGCUCGUGAAGUUUAUGUGCCGAGGCCAGCUCUAAUUUGAGCCACCGAAGAAGGUUGACCGGACUGUGUCCUGUGUACCAUCCAGAAUGGCUAUCAUGCGACAAUUUGGACUACUGGUGUGGAAAAACUAUAUUCAGCAGAAACGUCAAAUCCUGGUGACUCUGGUGGAGAUACUCCUGCCUCUGCUCUUCUCUGGCAUCCUCAUCGUGUUACGUCAGAAGGUGCCUUUUAAGGACUUCCCAAAUGCCACCGUCUAUGAGAGCUUUGCUGUCGACACACUACCCAAACAUUUUUUACAAAGUUUGCAGCUGGCGUAUGUGCCUGGUAACUCCAGUGUGGUGCGUCAGGUGGCAGAGGAUGUGCGAGGCAGCCUGCUCCUCACCUCAGUGCGGGGCUUUGAGACGGAGGAGCACUUUGAGGACUAUGUGAGAAAUGACCCUCUGUCAGGAAAGCUGCUGGCUGCAGUGGUGUUCAAGCACCCCUUCAUCCAUGAUGAUGAACCUUUGCCCUUAAAGGUGAAAUACCACCUGCGUUUCACAUUCACCCCACGCAACGCCCCGCUGGAUGAGAAGUCAGAGCUAAAUCCCAACAGUGACCUGGACUGGCACACACACAGCCUCUAUCCCCUCUUUCAAAUGCCAGGGCCGCGGGAGCAGUACAACAAGGAUGGGGGCACGCCUGGUUAUUUCCGAGAGGGAUUCCUGGCUGUACAGCAUGCAGUGGACCGAGCCAUCAUGCGGUCUUACAACAGAACUGCAGCUUUCUCUUUGCUGCGACAGAUCAGAGUUGUCCUGUCACGGUUUCCUUAUCCCGCUUUUAUAUAUGACGUCUUCAUCCUGGCCAUUCAGAACCAACUACCCUUACUACUGGUGCUCAGCUUUACCUACACCUCCCUCAACAUAGUACGAGCCGUGGUGCAGGAGAAGGAAAGGAAGCUCAAGGAGUACAUGAGGAUGAUGGGUCUCAGCAACUGGCUCCACUGGAGCGCCUGGUUCCUCAUGUUCUUCCUUUUCCUCUCCAUUUCUAUGUUUUUCGUCACUGUGCUCCUUUGUAUUCGGGUGAGCCCUAACGGUGCAGUGCUGACCCACAGUGACCCCACGCUGAUCUUCGUCUUCCUGCUCGUCUUCACUGUGGCCACCAUAAACUUCAGCUUCAUGAUCAGUACCUUCUUCUCCCGAGCCAAUGUGGCGGCAGCAGCGGGCGGCUUCAUCUAUUUCCUGACCUACUUGCCUUAUUUGUUCCUGUGGCCACGCUACGACCUACUGAGCCAUGCUCAGAAGGUGUCAGCCUGCCUCAUCUCCAACGUGGCCAUGGCCAUGGGAUCUCAGCUUAUAGGAAUGUUUGAAGGCAAAGGUUCAGGAAUUCAGUGGUCAAACCUUUUUGACUCUGUGACGGUGGAUGAUGACUUCUCGAUGGCCCAAGUGUUGAGCCUGCUGCUGUUUGACGCUGUGCUCUAUGGGUUGGUGGCCUGGUAUGUCGAGGCAGUGUUUCCUGGGGAGUAUGGAGUGCCUCUACCAUCUUACUUCUUUGUAAUGCCUUCAUACUGGUGCAGCAGUCCUCGCAUGGCUUUGGUUAAUGAGAAAGAGGAAGAGGAGGAUGCAGAAAAGGCUCUGAGAGGGGAGUUUGUAGAGGAAGAGCCGUCUGGAUUGGUGUCUGGGAUCAAGAUUAAACACCUGGCUAAGGAAUUCAGACUGGGCAACAAGACGCGGCAGGCCGUGCGGGAUCUUACACUGAACAUGUUCGAGGGGCAGAUCACGGUGCUGCUAGGACACAAUGGUGCUGGGAAGACCACAACACUGUCUAUGCUGACAGGGCUGUUUCCUCCUACCAGCGGCAGGGCUUAUAUCAGCGGUUACGACAUAUGUCAGGACAUGGCUCUGAUCCGCCGCAGUCUGGGACUCUGUCCCCAGCAUGAUGUGCUGUUUGAUAACCUUACUGUCAGAGAACACUUGCUCUUCUAUGCACAGCUAAAAGGCUACUCCAAAGACAAGAUUCCAGAUGAGGUUGACCGGAUCAUCCGUAUCCUGAACCUUGAAGACAAGCGACAGGCUCGCUCCAAGACCCUCUCUGGUGGCAUGAAGAGAAAACUUUCUAUUGGCAUUGCCCUCAUUGGAGACUCAAAGGUGGUGAUGUUAGAUGAGCCAACAUCAGGUAUGGACCCGUCAGCUCGACGUGCCACCUGGGACCUUCUGCAAGGCGAGAAAAGCGGCCGCACCAUCCUGCUCACCACGCACUUUAUGGAUGAGGCCGACCUGCUCGGCGACCGCAUUGCCAUAAUGGCGGGAGGAGAGCUGCAGUGCUGUGGGUCACCACUCUUCCUUAAGAACAAAUACGGUGCUGGCUACCACAUGGUGAUAGUAAAGGAUGCUCUUUGUAACGUUUCUGAGAUCACCCGCCUUGUCCACAUGUACGUUCCUAAUGCCACACUGGAGAGCAGUGCUGGAGCUGAGCUCUCUUACAUCUUGCCCAAAGAAAGCACCAGCAGGUUUGAGCUGCUGUUUGCUGAGCUGGAGAUGAACCGAGAGGAGUUGGGCAUCGCCAGCUAUGGCGCUUCAGUAACCACUAUGGAAGAAGUUUUCCUCAGAGUUGGAAAAUUGGUGGAUUCUAGUUUGGACAUCCAGGCAAUCCAGCUGCCUGCCCUGCAGUACCAACAUGAGAGACGCUCCAAUGACUGGACCACAGAUGACGCCAGCAGCAUCAGCGGCAUGACUGAUGUCACCGACUUCACGGACAGCGGCACGCUCAUCUCAGAGGACUGCUCCAACAUUAAGCUGAACACUGGGGUCAGACUACACCUGCAGCAGUUCUACGCUAUGUUCCUGAAGAGGGCGCUGUACAGCUGGAGAAACUGGAAGGUAAUGGUGGCCCAGUUUCUGGUCCCUUUGGUCUUCACAGUUGUGGCCUUAGUUGUGGCACGCACCAUUCCCAAGAACCAGGAUGCACCUCUGCUGAGGCUGGCGCUCAGCCGCUAUGGUCCCACCAGGGUCCCUGUGGCUCUGCAGCCUUGGUCCGGUCCCCUGGCCUCUGCCCUGGCAAAUACAUACAGUUCACAGCUCUCUGCCCAGCAAGGCCAGCUCAUCAACAUCACAGACUUCACUGAUUACAUCCUGACCCAGGCUGAGGAAGAAGGCGGCAGCUUUAACGAGCGUUGUUUGGUGGGUGCUGUUUUCCGUGGAAGCAGCAGCCAUUAUGCAGAAGCAACAGGUUACUUCAACAACGAGGGCUACCAUACACCUGCCACAGCCCUCAUGAUGGUGGACAAUGCUCUGUUCAAACUUCUAGCAGGGCCAAAUGCUUCCAUUGAGACGAGUAAUUACCCCAUGCCACGCAACCUUUCUGAGGCUGCCUGGAGCCAGCUCACAGAGGGAAAAACAGGCUUUGCCAUCGCCAUCAACCUGAUGUACGGUAUGGCCUCCCUGUCCAGCACCUUUGCCCUGCUGCUUGUGACAGAGUCCUCUAUCAAGUCCAAGCAUGUUCAGCAGGUCAGCGGCGUCUACCUGUCAAACUUCUGGUUUUCUGCUCUCCUGUGGGACCUGGUCAACUUCCUGCUGCCCUGCCUCCUCAUGCUGGUGGUAUUUCAGGCAUUCGGAGUCAAGGCCUUCAUAGACGACAACCACCUGGUAGACGUGUUGUUGUUAUUGCUGCUGUAUGGCUGGGCUGUUGUGCCUCUUAUGUAUCUGCUCAGCUUCCUCUUCUCCUCUGCCGCUACUGCCUACACGCGGCUCACAAUCUUCAACAUGAUCUCUGGCACGGCCACCUUUCUGGCUGUCACCAUCAUGACCAUCCCAGAGUUGAAACUGAAGUCCCUGUCACACUUACUGGAUAAGGUGUUCCUGAUUUUCCCCAACUAUUGCCUUGGCAUGUCCUUCAGCCAGUUCUACCAGAACUACGAAUUAAUCUCAUUUUGCUUCUCCAGUCCCACGGCCACAGGAGUGUGCAACUACUUAAACAUCACAUACCAGACAAACUACUUCUCCAUGGCGGAGCCUGGUGUGGGGCGCUUCCUCGUGGCCUUCUCCGUGCAGGGCGUAGUCUUUAUCAUCCUGCUGUUUGUCAUCGAACUGCAGUGUGUCCGCAAUCUUCUCCGACUCUUCACCUCCCUGGGCAGAAGACGCAAACAGUUACCGCUAGUAGAGGACACAGCCUUGCUUCCAGAGGACAGGGAUGUGGCUGACGAGAGGAAAAGGGUCCUGGAGUGCCAGCCAAUAUUAGAGUCUAUGGUCGGUAGCCCCCUCAUACUGCAAGAGCUCAGCAAGGUGUACAGCAGCGGGCAGAAUCUCUUGGCUGUGGACAGGCUGUCUCUAGCCGUAGGUAAAGGAGAGUGUUUCGGCCUCCUGGGCUUCAAUGGAGCAGGCAAGACCACAACCUUUAAAAUGCUGACAGGUGAUGAGAGUGUUACCUCCGGGGAUGCCUACAUUGAUGGAUACAGCAUCUUGAGGGACAUUAAGAAGGUGCAGCAACGCAUUGGUUACUGCCCUCAGUUUGACGCUGUGCUGGACCACAUGACUGGAAGGGAAACUUUAUGUAUGUAUGCCAGGCUCAGAGGAAUACCAGAGAAGUACGUGUCUGGCUGUGUGGAGAAUGUCUUGAGAUCGCUGCUGUUGGAGCCUCAUGCCGAUAAACUGGUCAGGAGCUACAGCGGUGGUAACAAGCGGAAGCUGAGUGCAGGCAUGGCUCUGAUUGGUGGGCCUCCAGUCAUCUUCCUGGAUGAGCCUUCGACCGGGAUGGACCCUGUGGCCAGGAGGCUGCUGUGGGACGCUGUUACACGCACACGGGAGUCUGGAAAGGCCAUAAUCAUCACUUCUCAUAGUAUGGAGGAGUGUGAGGCUCUGUGCACCAGGCUAGCGGUGAUGGUCAAUGGUCAGUUCAAGUGCCUCGGGAGUCCCCAACAUCUGAAGAGCAAGUUUGGCAGUGGCUACACCCUGCUGGCUAAAGUUCACAUCGAGGCUGAGCUGGAAGACCGUGACCUGCAGCUAUUUAAAGACUUUAUCGAAAGCACCUUCCCAGGAAGUCAACUAAAGGAUGAGCACCAGGGGAUGGUGCAUUAUCAUUUGACUGACAAAUCACUCACCUGGGCACAGGUGUUUGGCACAUUGGAGGCAGCCAAAGAGAAAUACCACAUUGAAGACUACUGUGUUAGCCAGAUAUCACUGGAGCAGGUAUUCCUUAGCUUUGCCCAGUUCCAGCAUUGUAUCGAGAGUGGGAGGAAGUAAGUGGAGUGAGGGGUCCGUCCGUCCAUUGUCCAUUUUCUACAGUGUGCCUGUGUGUUGGACCUGCGUGCAUGGACUUGCCUCAGGCUGGGGUGUACGCCAGCUGGAGCAGAGUAUAUAUCAUCUCCAGCACCAUUUUUAACUUAACCACCAACACACACACACACACACACACACAAACACUGGGCCCGUCACUGAACAUCCAUUGUCAACAUUUCUACUACUGUAUCACACCUGUGUGUCUUUGUCGGGUUACUCAUGCUGUUGUUUACAGUUUUUGUGUGACGAGAAAGUCGAAGAAUUGGGAUUAUAAUGUGCUUGGAUGUGAUUAUACCAAGUAAUGAACUCUGAAUACUGCACAUUUUUUUUUGGUUGUUUUUUAGUGAGGUCAAAAGACAAUGAUACCACUCACAUUACCACUACCCUAAACUGUGUGACAGGGUUUAUUUGUGUUUGCAUUCAUGUAUGUACAGCUUGUCUUUUUUGUUAUUUGUGAUUUUAUUUUAUUACUUGAUCAUAUUUCCAAGAGAUUCUUUUUUUUUUUUUUCUCCUUGCGAUCAGAGAACGAACCACUUUAUUUGAUAUGUUCAUGAAAUUGUUGAAAUUGUUACACACCUUUUGCGCCUUAUCUAACUAAUAAGGGUUCUUGUUUCUUUAUAUUGCCCUGUCAAAAAUGCCUGGUUAUACUUAAGAACCUCUUACUUGUUGCCGGAUGUAAAUAAUGUGACACGUUCAAGGUACUUAAAACCACUUAGUCAUUCAGACCAGAGCAGAGCAUUUACUCAUUUUAAAGGCUGUUUUGGGCACAUAAAUGAAUGCAUGCAUAGAAUACAAUUUACAGAGUGCAUGAUACUGAAAGAGCAGAGAGCUGCUAGUGAUUACUAGACGACCGUCCUUACACUUAAUAUGCCUCCAUUGUUUGGGCCUUGUGGACCAACGAUUCUGUGUUUGCCACCAAAGCAACAGGGUGUCAACCAUGUGGACAUUCAGCCAUUAUAGUCCGACUGUGUGACACAGUAAAAUGGGAGGUCUUGACUUUAAAUCAAGUUGUUUCAAGCCGCACGUGAUUGAUUUGGACCUAGAGGAGGAAGACUGCAAUGACCCCUGAGAUGAUUUUGUAUGUUGUCUUUUUUUUCUUUUGUGUUGCAGCUCUGCAUUUCACACUGUACAUGUGUGUGUGUGUGUGUGUGUGUGUGUGUGUGUGUGUGAGUGAGAGAGAGAGUGAGGUAAGCAACACACAAUUGUUGAAUUCAUCCAAACUAUACUAAAACAGUGCUAUGAUAGUCUUUACAUAUCGAAACCAAGAGAUCGUUAUUGUGCAGUGGACAGACUUUACUGCUGUGUCGUCUUUAAUGUAGAGCUGCCCUUUUAGGGAACGUCAGGAAAUGCAAUAAAAACAACAAAACAAAAAGACAUACCAGUGGUAUAAAUAGUAAAUCAAACUUAAUUCUUCCGUGUAUGAAGAGAUGCCUUGUUUUGAGGAAGAAUGAUCAGUACAACGUUUGUUCUUUGUUUAUUGAAUGUGCUUCUCUGAGCCUCAGUUUGGUGCGUGCCGUCUCAAAGCCUUGUUUGUACUUUCAAGAACUCGUUCCAAAAUGUUGUUUAUUCUGUAGGAAUAUUUAAAAAAAAUUCCCCCACUUGUGAAUGAAAACUAUAUUCUUGGUUCCCUGCUUUUCAUCCUUUUUAGAGAUCACUAGAAUUUGGCAUGAAUUAAUGUACAAGUGACAUUCCUGCUCUCAAAAAAUCACUCUGACUUACCAGGAGUGAGAUGAAUGUACUUACUGUCUUACACGAAAGCAAAACGCGCUCACGGUAAUCAACUUUAUUAACAGCUUCAUUUUGUUUAAGGCACUUUCUUCAUGUCAACCAAUCUGUGGGAGAAAAGUCCUGACAUGCCAGGAAGACACAGAAAUGUGGCUUAUUGAUCUUUAAAGGAUUUUGCAUCUUGAUUUUGACUUUUGUUACAUUUGUCUGUGUGUUUGCACAAUUUAUGUCUCAUUACAGUACAUGUAUGACUUGAAUCGAUUGUGAUGUUAGACACGUAGCUUGAGGAACAAUGAAAAUGGUUUGUGCUGCUGAUACCGAAGGAUUGAAAUAUAGUGUAUCAUAUUUAAAAAAAAAAAACAAAAACAAAGGGAAUUUCCAUCAUUGUAACUGUGUACUGUACUGGACCAUGAAACUGACCUUGUCGACUGUACAUGUAUCGCUGUUCUUUUUAAAUUAAAUAAUGCUCUAUGCAAAAUGGAAGCAAGUACAA